AAAGUUUCUUUGAUUCUUUGCGUUCUCGCUAUCUUUGCGGUUUCUUCCGAUUCUGCUAGCGAUGCUCAGGCGCCGUCAGUGGAUUGUUCAAACCUCGUCUUAACCAUGGCCGAUUGUCUUUCCUUCGUCUCCAAUGGAAGCACCGUCAACAAGCCUGAGGGAAAUUGCUGCUCUGGCUUGAAGACUGAGCUUAAGACCGACGCUGGUUGCCUCUGUGAGGCCUUCAGAAGCAGUGAUCAGUUGGGCAUUGUGUUAAAUGUUACCAAGGCCGUUACUGUUCCUGCUGCUUGCAAAGUCUCUGCUCCUUCCGCUGCUAACUGUGCAUUGUCUGAAACUCCUGCCGCUACACCAAGUGGAGGCUUGACAUCUCCGGUAUCAUCUCUGCCAUCUGGUACGAGUGGUGAAGAAGCACCUGAAGCAUCUGGAUUUGGUGGUGAGGCAGCAAAUGAGAUAUCUCCAGCACCAUCCCCAUGCAACACGUUGCAUGCAAAAAAAUGGAGCAAUGAAAGUGUCAUCCUGCAAAAAUCAUUCCAUGCUCCAAGGGUGAACAUAAACAGCAUACAAAAAAAGUGUCCAAGAAGCUAUGCAAUGUUGGUGCAUCCAACAGAAAGUAGCCAGCAAAAUCUACCCUGUAUGAAAAAGUAACUAGUUAGGUUUAUAUCAUGUGAUGGAUGAGAUAAUCUUUGUAUUUAGCAAGGAAAUGUACUGGUAAUUUAAAUUGUAUACAAAAAUAUUGAAAUGAAUAAAAGAAUAUUCUUUUUUUGACUA